ACGGUGCUGGGCUGACUCCCCAUCAUGCCAGGCUGGCUCACUCUCCCCACGCUCUGCCACUUCCUUCUCCCUUGGGCCUUCACCAUCUUCCAGGGAGUCCUGGGGGACCCAGCACCCCACCCUGGCCCCCACUACCUCCUGCCCCCCAUCCACGAGGUCAUUCACUCUCGUCGUGGGGCCACGACCACGCUGCCCUGCGUUCUGGGCACCCCGCCUCCCAGCUACAAGGUCCGCUGGAGCAAAGUGGAGCCAGGGGAGCUCCAGGAAACGCCGAUCCUCAUCACCAACGGGCCGCUCGCGCGGGGUUACGGGCCCCUCGGGGGGCGCGCCAGGAUGCGGAGGGGGCAUCGGCUAGACGCCUCCCUGGUCAUCGCGGGCGUGCGCCUGGAGGACGAGGGCAGGUACCGCUGUGAGCUCAUCAACGGCAUCGAGGACGAGAGCGUGGCGCUGACCCUGAGCCUGGAGGGUGUGGUGUUUCCGUACCAGCCCAGCCGGGGCCGGUACCAGUUCAAUUACUACGAGGCGAAGCAGGCGUGCGAGGAGCAGGACGGACGCCUGGCCACCUACGCCCAGCUGUACCAGGCGUGGACCGAGGGUCUGGACUGGUGUAACGCGGGCUGGCUGCUCGAGGGCUCCGUGCGCUACCCUGUGCUCACGGCGCGCGCUCCGUGCGGCGGCCAAGGUCGGCCCGGGAUCCGCAGCUACGGGCCCCGCGACCGGAAGCGCGACCGCUACGACGCCUUCUGCUUCACCUCGGCACUGGCAGGCCACGUGUUCUUCGUGCCCGGGCGGCUGACGCUGUCUGAAGCCCACGCGGCGUGCCGGCGGCGCGGGGCCGUGGUGGCCAAGGUCGGGCACCUCUACGCCGCCUGGAAGUUCUCGGGGCUGGACCAGUGCGACGGCGGCUGGCUGGCGGACGGCAGCGUGCGCUUCCCCAUCACCACGCCGCGGCCGCGCUGCGGGGGCCUCCCGGAUCCCGGAGUGCGCAGCUUCGGCUUCCCCAGACCCCAGCAGGCGGCCUACGGGACCUACUGCUACUCCGAGUAG